AUGUCUGCACCUGCUCUUAAGGCUUUUUAUUAUGUCACUGCAAUUGAAAGUUGGACGUACAUUAAUAUAAUAGAAUAUUACCGUGAAAAAGUUGGACAAAAGGAUUUAAAACAAAUACUAGAUCGCGUAAAGAAGGAUCUUCAAGAGGUGGCAAAUUCUAAUUCUGAUUUUGGCAUGGCGAGCAAAAAAAAAGCUCAAGAAAUUCUUGAUGACUGGAAGUUGUACAACUUUGAGAAAACAGAGGAAACAAUGGAUACCAAAAGUGCUAAGACUCUGAUGAAGAAAAAGAACAAAGUUGGAAAUAAAGAAAAUCUUAACAAAGAAGCAAGCUCCUUUGCCACUACUUUUACAGUAGAUUCUGAUAUCAAUAAUAUAAACAUUGAAUGUGCAAUAGAUAAUGAUGACUUGCAAGGAUAUUUAUUUAAUGAAUCCAAUCAAGAAUCAAUAAUCGAAAAUGUUGAUGAAAAUUCACUAUCAAAUGAAAUUCAAUUACCAAUUGGAAAUGCUAAUAAUGAUAGACAUUCAGAGGAGCUUCUUGAUGUAAAUACAAUUGAAUCAUUUCAUAAAUAUCAGCAAAAGAUACCAAAAACUCGUAAAAUCUUAAUUCCAGCAUACUGGGGAAUAUUAGACUUGACUAGAGAAAAUCUUAAUGACUUUGAAAUAAAAGAUGAAGACAAGAUACCAAAUUUAAUUCAAAUGUGCACUGAAGAAGAAUUGAAAAUGUCGACAACAUUUCCAUUGUUUUCUGGUAUUUUUAAAUCGCCAAAUAUAAAAAACUCUUGGGGUGAGAUACAAGCAAUCUCAACCAAUAAAGCACGAAAUGAAAAAAUGGAUCCUUUCUCAAGAGCAAAGAUUGGAUACAAAGAUAGUAAAUUUAAAAAUUAUAAUUCUGAUAUUUAUCAUAAGGUGUCAGAAUUACUUAAAUUGUCUGACUGA